AUGGCUUCCCCCGCUCCCAGUUCCGCUCCCACCACUGGUAGCCCUGUCCCCCGAAUGGUCGCACGCAGAAGGGAAGCAAAUUCCAACCCGCUGGUCCAACGACAGAAGCGACCUCGUGCUGCGGUAGUGAAUCGACAAAAACCAGCAGCAGCACCACCUCCCCCCACCGCCGCACCCCCCGCUAAUACUGCGCGAAGCACCGCUCCCUCGAGCUCGGCAACUGGUAGCGCAAUCGCUGCUGACGACGAAGGAGAGUGGCACGAAUACAAGCUCACGACUACUAAAGCGUCACUGUUGAAGGGGUUGAGGCAUCACGUCAUGAGGAUGCAAUCGAAGCGCGAAAUCGACCCUACCGAUCCUACGCAGUUUACUCGUCCGGUUAGGCUGCACCGUCGGGAUCCUAGAGCGCCGCUUCAAGGUGCGAAGGAGGAAGCGGCGGCGAACCAGUUGGCUGCGGCGAAUAAAGCUGCGGAGGCUGGGGAGAAAGCGAAGGAUGAAGCCGAACAGGCGAAGAAGGAUGCGGAGAAGCAAGCGAAUCUGGACAAGAUUGCGCCGUUUGGUGGUGCGCAAAAGCAGAAACAGAAGGUCUUCCAUAAGAAGACUCAGCAAGUUUUCAAGAGCAAUGAUGCCGAGAAGAAGUUGCGAUAUGAGGAGUUUUUUCCCUGGUUCAUUGAGGACUUUGACAACAAGAAUACUUGGCAGGGGCAGCUUGAGAGCUCGUUGAGCAAGGGCGUCUUCGCCAUGUUCGUGUUGGAGGAAGGUGCGUUCAGGAUGGUUCCGAUCGAGAAAUGGUACAAGUUUCAGGAAAAGAACAGGUUUCCCACCAUGACGUCUGAAGAGGCCGAACUCGAAAUGAAGAAGAAUGCCCGACCACCUAGGUGGUUGAUGAAGCGCGCCGAGGAGAAGGAGAGCAAGCAGAGGGAGUUGGAAGAGAAUGCUCGAGCCAAUAAAACCCUCUUCACUAGGAAAGGUGAUAGGCUGAAGGGAGAGGCGGACAACGACGACUUGGAUUUCGAAGACGACCAAUUUGCCGACGAUGAGGAGGCCCCUAUCAUGGAGGGGGAGGAGCAGGAAAAUAAGGAGAUCGAGGUUACUUGAUUGAACUCUACACGUUUCUACGCAUUACUGAUGUGGUGCUCUAUAGAAACGUAUCAAAAAGGAGCAACUGUCCGCCAACUUCUUCGACGCCCGUGACGAACGUGAUUGGGAGAAGGAGGAACUGGAGAGGAAAAAGCUUGAAGAGGUCCGCCGCAAGCACGGCAAGAAGGUGAAGAAAGCAUUGAUGAACCGCGAGGGUAACUUCACAUACGAGUCCGACUCGGAUGCAAACCCAUACGGGACAACUGUAAGCUACCUUCUGUUCCUCUAUCUCGUCCGCUUCACUCCUUUCUCCAAGCUAAACACGGCCAAAAACACCAGGGUGACGAGGACUCCGAAGACGAGGAAGAAGCUGCGCGCAAAGAAGAGGAAAAGAAAAAGGAAGAGGAGCGUAAGAAAGCCGAGGCAGCAGCCGAGAAGGAAAAAGCCGAUCUCCGCAAGUCCAAAACUCCCCCUGCUGGCACUCCCGCUUCCACCGCAACCCCCUCCGCCGCCACCACCACCACCACCACCACCUCGCAGCCAAAACCCAAGGCCACAGGCGGCGCAGCCGGAGCGCCACACCCCACCACAGCCAACAAGAAGGACAAGCACCCAGCCGGUACGCCUCUCCCACCCAGUGAUAAAAGACCUCAGCUCAAACGUGCAGGCACAUCACCGCACCCAGAGUCGGGCACCGAGUCGCGCAAGAAGCCGAAAAAGAACACUGCCGCCAACAACGCCACUGGGAAAUCAACAACCCUCCCCAUCCUGGGUGGCACGGACAAGAAGAGCAUUGUCAAGCUCAAAGUUGCUAGCGAGAGUCUUUCUCAGAUUGCUUCCUCAACUCCAUCUCCUUCCCCGCCGCCACCAGGCGUAGGAGCCGGCAACAAGAAGCGCAAAGCAGAUGCGCCCGCCGGAGCACGUAGUGGUGAUGAGCGCUCCGGUGAGACGUCAGACGGGCCAGGAAGUAAGAAGCAAAGGAUCAAGGUCACCACUAGCGGGCGAUCGCUCUCACCUGCUGCGGCGGCAGCUGCUGCUUCAAGACAGGGCACUCCUGGGGCAUCGCGCGCAGGCUCCCCUGCUGCUACCGCUGGCACUGGUAAUACAAGUGCUCCGGCGGCGAUGGGCCCCCCCGGGCCUCCAGGUACACAUCCCUACCUCCACCCCCCCCAAUUCUUUUGGCCGGAAGGAUAGUAGAUCGCUAACACCAAGCAAAUAGAUUUCAUAACAGAUGCUGAAAUCCGCACAGUCCUAUCCUCCAAUCCCGAAGGUGUAACGCUGAAAUUCAUUGCGGACAGGUUUAAGAACCGCGUUCGGAAUGAGGAAGUCAAGAGGGGGCUCAUUUCCAGUCUUCGCAGACUCAGUGUAUCGACGGAUAAGCGGACCUAUAAGCUUAAGGAGGGGGUUGGCGCUUAA